AUGUCUCGCGAAGGCUACCAAAUCCCAACGGCGCAGUCGAGCGCGCCCGGCGCGUCGAGCACCCAGGUCAGCCGCGCCGACGAUAACAUGGGCACCACCAUGACGUACAUGUGCGGCGACUGCGGCUUCAAGUUUCCUCUCAAGCGACAGGACAACAUCCGAUGCAUAGAAUGUGGAUGCCGUGUGCUUUACAAGGAGCGGACGAAGCGAAUGGUUCAGUUUGAGGCACGUUAA